CUAAGGGUUUUGUGUGGUUGGAGAUGCUCUUGGUACUGAACUGUUUGUACCGUAAGUAUAGUACAACCGGCUAAGGGGGGAAAAGAACAGAGCACGCAGUAUAUGGGGAAUGGAAGCAAAAAUUAGGGUUUUUGUAGAGGAUACGGAAUCAAAUCAGUAGAGAGAUUUGAAGAUAAUUAAGCAUUUAUGAUUGAACUGUUGAAUAUGUGUGUGUGGUUGAACGAUGGUGGUGGAGGAUUUAUACGGUGCCGUAACUGGUGGUGGCUAUGUGUGGGUUCGAAAGAGUUGCAGGGGGUUUGGGGUUGUUGAGGCCUAAAUUGAAAGCGGCGGUAGCGCUGGUAUGUAGGUGGUCUGUUGCAGCGAUGGACUGUGUAACUGCGUAUGGAUGAAAGGAGGGAUGUAGGCAAGCUGUUUGAUAAAAUGUCUGUGAGGGAGAGAAGCUAGCGAAGGUGUGGUAUUUGGGCAGUGUUAGCGCGGUUGUCGGAGAUGAGGAUCAUGGCAGCGGCAGCAGCCGCAGGAGGACGGGAGGGAAGCUAGGGAGGUGGAGUAUGCCGAGAGAAGGCAGGUGGUUAUUCCAAAGCAGGUGUGUCAAAUGUUUUCCAGGUUGGCCUUUUAACCAGUCUUUUUAACCAAUUUAAUAAUAUGUUUCUGUAUAUCUGAAGCUCUUUGUACAAUGUAUGUUUCUAUAUUGUCUACAAGGUAGAGGCAGUUAAAAUUUGGAUAACUUUUUCAUGGCAAGGUUUGGUCUAAUUGUAAUCUAGUAGAAGUAUCACACCCUGGUAAUGGCUUGUCUAGUUUUGGCUUUACUGUCCAGGAAAAAACUCUGACGGAUAAGGCAGCUGUGAUAUUUCAUAUUUGGCAAGAGAGAAAUAGGAGAUUAUCUGCAAAUGGAAGCAAGGUUGUCACCCACUGGUCAGAUGUUGGAUAUCCCUAUAAUUUGGAACAGUGGAGGGUUUGAUUCUUGCUUGCUGUUCUCUGCUUUACUCCAUCUAUGCAUAAACUUCCAGGCUCGAUAGUUUUACCAAAGACAAUGUUUAUGCGGAGGCUACAUGUGCUGAGUUGUUAUAAAUUAGAUAUGAUUUCAAAUUCUUUAUCAAGCAUUUAAGUCUCUCAAAUCUCAAAAAGCUGAGUAUUCCAUGCGGAAUCAAAUUUCGUGAAUUUAAAUCUGAUAGAGGGAAGCAGAUUUAUAUUGAACAGAGUAAGCUGUCCUGCGAUGGAGGUAAUCAUAAAAGGAUGGAAAAGGUUGUAUCCUUUUCGAUGGACGGAAAUACAAUGAAAAGGAAGAAGAAGAUGGUGGCGGAACCGUCAGAAAAGAUAUCGUUUUCGAUCGAUGAAAAUACAAUGAAAGGGAGGAAGAAGACGGUGGCGGAAUUGCCAGAAGAGAUAAUCUGCGAUAAAAUAUUGAUGCGUCUUCCGAUUAAAUAUGUGGUACGUUUUAAAACCGUUUCUAAAUAUUGGCAAUCUCUGCUCUCAGCACCCAAAUUCGUGAAACAACACCUAAUUCGUAGUGCAACUCAAAAUCCUAAUGGUCAUGACUAUACGAUAGCUAAGACGUACUACACAAUCUACAUGCUUUCUCGCUACAAAGAAACAUAUUUACUCCCUGCAAGUAACUAUCAAUUAAUUGGUUCAAUAAAUGACUUAGUUUGUCCUGGUAAUGGUCGAAAGUUAGCCUUAUGGAACCCGGCUAUUCAUCAGUAUAAGGAAUUCACACUUCCACCAAGUCGUGACUAUAUUUUUUGUUAUAUUAUGGGAUUCGGUUAUGAUGCUGCAAAUGAUAAUUACAAGGUUGUAGUUCUGUCGGCUGAUCUGAGUUCUGCCAGUGUUUACGAGUCUCGUUCCGAUUCUUGGAUUGACAUAAUUGUUCCUCAUAACAUGUUAUAUAAGAAUGCACUUGAGAAAUGGACUCCAACUACUAUUGUAAAGGAUUGUCCUUACUGGACAUGUUCCAGACUAUCGAGCGAUGAGAUGUUUUUAUUAUCAUUGGGUGUAGUAAAGUUUGAUGCAACAAGUGACAAAUUCAAGUUGUUGCCUGAUUUCCGCUCCAAUAUAUUGGUAAGUCCAGAAAAUUAUGAUUUGAUUUAUAAAUUCGUGGACAUGACAGAUCAUCUUGCGUUGGUUGUGCUUCACCAAAGCUCUGCAGAUUGUAUGGUGGAUAUCUACUCUUUCGAGGGGGAUGAGGGAUGUGGUGCUUGGAUUAAAAUGCACAAUAUGGGAUGUGUCCACUUUUUUUUAAAUAAUUAAGAUUAUUUGAUAUUCAUGUAAAUGACCUCUCAAAUCUUUUGCCCCAUUUAGCCAAUCUUUUCAGAAAUAUUGAUUUUUUUUCGGAGAAUAAAAGGAAAGAUACUAUGUUCAAAUACACUCUCACAUGCAGUGGUGUAAUAAGAGCCUCUUUUCAUAUAUUUAGUAUGCAAUCCAAAGAAAUUUUAGAAAGAAAAAAAAUUAAAGGCUAUGCUAAUAGAUAUAUACCAAUCUUUUUAGUCAUUAAAUUUCUCUGAUACAUAAUUAAAAGGAUCAAAGAUUGAUUUAACAAUGUGACUUAACAAUGUGACUACUAUAAAAACAUAUACUAAAUUGCACUUACAAACUAACACCACAAACAUAUUUCAUAUUUAGCAAAAUAAGUUAUUCACAAUAGGCCAUUAAAAUAUUCAACCUUAAAACCGUGCAACACUGAUACAACUUCAAUCGCUGCUCAAAAUCAAUAGGACCCAUACUUUGCAUUUUAAUCCAAGCACCACAUCCCUCAUCCCCCUCCAAAGUGUAAAUAUCCACCAUACAAUCUGCAGAGCUUCAGUCAAGCACAAUCAAUGCAAGAUGAUCAGUCAUGUCCGAGAAUUUAUAAAUCAAAUCAUAAUUCUCUGGACUUGCCAAUAUAUUGGAGCGGAACUCAGACAACAACUUGAAUUUGUCACUUGUUGCAUCAAACUUUACCACACCCAAUGAUAAUAAAAACAUCUCAUCGCUCGAUAGUCUGGAACAUGUCCAGUAAGGACAAUCCUUUACAAUAGUAGUUGGAGUCCAUUUCUCAAGUGCAUUCUUAGAUAACAUGUUAUGAGGAACAAUUAUGUCAAUCCAGGAAUCCGGACGAGACUCGUAAACACUAGCAGACCUCAGAUCAUCCGACAAGACUACAAUCUUGUAAUUAUCAUUUGCAGCAUCAUAACCGAGUCCCAUACUAUAACAAAAAUUAUAGUCACGACUUGGUGGAAGUGUGAAUUCCUUAUACUGAUGAAUAGCCAGGUUCCAUAAGGCUAACUUUCGUCCAUUACCACGACAAACUAAGUCAUUUAUUGAACCAAUUAAUUAUUAGUUACUUGCACGGAGUAAAUAUGUUUCUUUGUAGCGAGAAAGCAUGUAGAUUGUGUAGUACUUCUUAGCUAUCACAUAGUCAUGCCCAUUAGGAUUUUGAGUUGCACUACGAAUCAGGUGUUGUUUCACGAAUUUGGGUGCUGAGAGUAGUGAUUUCAUAUUUAGAAACGGUUUUAAAACGUACCACAUAUUUAUUCGGAUGAAGCAUCAAUAUUUCAUCGCAUAUAGGGGUGUAAAUGAGUUGAGCCGAGCCGAACUCUAGAGUGCUCGUGUGUCGUUUGUUAAAAAAUUAGCAAACUCGAGCUCGAGCUUGGAUCGAGCCAAAAAUAUUGUUUGAGGAUCGACUCAUUAAGGAAUAACUCUGUUCACGAACGGCUCGCGAACCACUCACGAACAUGUCUCACGAGCUUUUGCUCACGAACCGCUCAUUAACUUACG